GACCACCAGAAGGACGAGGCCCGGGUGAAAGCUGACGAGGACAUGAGCGAGCCCUACCUGCACCAAGACAACCUGAAGGAAGAGGCCAGAGUGGGCACCGGCGAGGACACAAUCGAGCCCUACCUGUACCGAGGCAACAGGAAGGACGAGGCACAGACGACCACCGCCCAGGACAUGACCGAGCCCUACCGGCACCAGGACAAUCUGAAGGAAGAGGCCCAG